AUGAGAAACUACUUUGUUAUUGAAAGAAUUGAGCCAAUUGCCUCACGAUCACGCAACACGCGCGGGGAGAUUGCCCAUAUUAGAUUUAACAACUUAGCCGAUCACCCGCGACCAGAUUUGGCUCUCACAAGCCUAAUUGAACAACUUUUGGAUCGGGUGCUCACCGGAAGACCAGCACCACUUCGUGUUGGUCUUCAGGUGCAGCCACCGAAUUUCCAUCACCCGUUUACGGUACCUCUUCGCCCACCUGCCCAAAAUAAUCCUGCCGCAUUGGCCGCAGCAAUUGAACGACUGAACGAAAUCUCUGCCGCUGGCAUAGAUUUGUUAAGUGGGACAACAACAACAAAAUUCAUCGCUGUUUGGCCUUUGACUGGACAACGUACAAACAAUCCAGCAACUCAAUCUGGUAGUUGUGAUUUGGAACAAGAACAUGUUGUUACCUCCCGCUGUCGAUCAAUUGUGCGAGUCCACAAUCCAAACGACCGCUACUGUCUUGCACGUGCAGUAGUGAUUGGACUUACAAAAAUUCGACUUGUUGAUCAAGGCGAUGCUAAUAAUGGACCAGCUCAUUUUAGAGCUUUUUGUCAACAACAAGAACAACAUAUGAUUUUUGUAAAUUACUUAAUGAAUAUAUCUGGACUUCCUUAUGGAUUACAGGAAUAUUCGCUUGAACAUGUAGCGAUUCUCCAACGAUGGUUGAAUCAAUAUUAUGGAGAAGGGCACACCCGUAUUGUAGUUUUCCAUAAAGAGCAACAAUACCGGAUUGUGUUUAAAGGAGAGGGAAGAGCAGCUCGUUACAAUUUAUGUCUGCUCUUGGAGAAUCGCCAUUACAACUACAUUGGUCGCCCUGAACAACUUUUGGGAGUCAAACGUUAUUGUAUUGACUGUGAACGUUCGGUGACACGUUGGAGUCAUUGGGCUGGAUGCAAUGUAGUUUGUAGAUUUUGCAUGAGGUCAGGUCCCGAAUUCCCAUGCCAAGAAGAUGAAAGAAUCCCGUGUCAAAACUGCGGAUUCAUUUUUCCACGCCGAUCAUGUUAUGACUACCAUUUAGUCAAUUCUGCUCCACUAGAAAUGAUUCGACGCGAUACACGUAAUUUUGCAUCCAUUUGCCAAAUGCGUCGUAUUUGCUCCAAUUGCCAUCUCAUAAUCUAUGCUCAGCAAACACACGAAUGUCAUCAACAACGACAACCUCAGGAAAAUUGUACAAAAUGUAAUGGUCCUCAUUCUGAGGACCAGCCAUGCUAUAUUCAACCAUUGUCUGUUGAAGCAGAGGAAGAAGAAAUUAUUGAACCUGUAUUAAAUGAAAAUCAACAACAACAACAACAAGCAAAGAGACAACGAAAACAACCAUUACGUCUAUGUUUUUUCGAUGCUGAGACCAGCCAGGAUGAGCCAGUCCAGAUUAGUAAUAAUAUUAAUGGAUAUAGACAUGUUCCACUUUUAAUUAUUGCCGAGGUUAUUUGCGAAAAAUGUAUCCUGGCAGGAAUUAGUAUUGAAAAUAUUGGACAACGUGCUCCAGGAUGCUUCUGUGGAAAACCAAGAGGCCAACGUUGGUUAAAUUGGUGUUCCCCACCAUUCAGAAAUGCUCCAGGCGACACCACCGCCCGUCCUGACAACAUAAUUUUUAAUCCUAGGCGAAUGUUUUUUCAUUCGUUUGACAACGCAGAAGAGAACCCUGUUGACCAAUUUCUCGACUAUCUACUUAAUCAUGGUUCACAGAAUAUGCUGACAAUCUGCAUUGCUCACAAUGGGGGAAAGUAUGACUUUCAUCUGUUGUUAGAGGCUCUUCAUCGGCGUAAUCAACCGCCAACGAGGUUAUGUACAACGGGGUUAAAGAUCUACUCAAUGACUCUUGGCGGAAAUCAUCAGAGAAAAGUUCAAUUCAAGGAUUCGCUAAAUUAUUUCUUUUGUGAACUUGAUGCUCUUACCAAGAUUUUUGCUCUACCAGAGGAUGUGGCAACAACAAAGCCAUUUUUUCCUUAUCUCUUUAUACAACGUCAACAUUUACAUGAAAGAAUAAUUGGGCUCCCUCCUCUUGAAUAUUACCAGGCUGAAUAUAAAAAGGCUGACAAGCGUGAUAAACUCCUCGAUUGGUACAAUCAAACAAUAGCUGAUACCACAACCAACUUUCAGCUUCGUGAACAGUUAAUUCUUUAUUGUACAAAUGAUGUAGCGAUUCUUCGUGAAAGUGUACUCCGAUUCCGCCAUCUUAUAGGACAACACACGAAGAAUCUUGACCCGUUUUUGUCAGUCUCAACAACAGCAGGUCUGGCCUUAACAACAUUACGCCGCUGCUUUUUGCCUAAGAAUUGGAUUGUUCACUCGCCCGAAGGAGGUUAUUUGAGAGGACGACGAGCUUCAGCCGAAUCGCAGCGAUACAUCCGCUUUUUUGAACUACAACACCCGGAAUCUGCAGGUCAAAUUCAGCACGCACAAUGGGCACUUGGAGAAGCUCAUGUUGAAGACUGCGGGUAUAGACUUGAUGGCUUAUGGCAAAGAUCGCCUCCCCUUCGCCCUUUGGCUAUUGAAUAUAUGGGAUGUUACUAUCACGGUUGUCCCAAAUGCUUCCCUGUACGCGACCAACGCUUAGCAGCUGGUCGUACAGCUGAAGAGCUUUUUGAAAGAACUCAGCAACGCCUAUGGGAAUUGGAGCAUCAACAUGGAUACCAACUUCAUGUUGUCUGGGGGCAUGAGAUUAAAGAAAAGCUGAGUAACAACACACAGUUACGAAGGAAAUGGUUCGAAAUUGACUGUGUUCGGCCUAUGGAUCCCAGAGAGGACUGCCUUAGAGGAGGAAGGACAGAACCCUUCAAACUUCAUCACAUGUGUGCUGAAGAUGAAGAGAUCCUCUACAUCGAUAUUGUAAGUCUCUACCCUUAUGUUAUGAAGGCAAGAUCUUUUCCUAUUGGACAUCCAAAUGUCUUGACACGUGAUACAUUGCUUCUUCCUCCAAACAACCCUUUGCCAUGGACAUCUCCAGAGCAUAACAUCUAUAAGGGGUUGCUUCUUGUUCGUGUUCAACCUCCGAACUUUAUGAAUGGAAAUCUCCCACCAGUACUUCCAUACAGAACUCAUGAUGGUCGACUCACGUUCCCCCUUUGUGCAAAAUGUGCUGAUAAUAGACAACAACGACCCUGCACUCAUGGAGAACGUGAACGUUCCUGGCUGACUGGUUAUACCCAUGUGGAGCUCAAUUAUGCUUUGGAACGUGGGUAUAAAGUCGUGGACAUUUAUGAGGUUUGGAAUUAUGAAAAAUGGGAUCCGAAUUUAUUUCGAUCCUAUGUCAACACAUUCAUAGGCUUAAAACAACAAGCUAGUGGUUGGCCAGAUGGUUGUGCCUCGGAGUUGGACCGAGCUGACUACCUAGCUGAAUUCGAGCGAGUUGAAGGGAUCUUCCUCGACCCGGAGAAGAUUGAAACAAAUCCUGGUUUGCGAAUGAUUGCGAAAUUAUUAGCAAACUCGCUCUGGGGAAAAUUGGCGCAACGUGUUUGUGGAACUGAGGUGCGAUAUGCCAAAACACCAGCAGAGUUCCAUCAAUUGUUAGAAGAUCCAACAAUUGAAAUGCUCGACUUUGAUCACGUCAGUGAGCAUUUGGACCGUUGUGUUGUAAGGAAGAAGCCGGAAUUUUCAAAAGCACCAAAUACCAACUGCCUCCCAGUAGCAGCAUUCGUCACUUCAUAUGCUCGUCUCCAUCUAUAUGAGUAUAUUGAACAAGUACAUCAAAUUGGCGGCGUUCUCCUGUACUGCGAUACUGACUCCAUCAUCUAUGUCGGCAAGCGUAAUGGCCAGCGUGUACUCGAAGGCGAAUAUCUUGGUCAAAUGAAGCGUGAAGUUCCAACACGCCGAAUUCUGGAAUUUAUUGCUGGGGGUCCGAAAAAUUAUGGCUACCGACAUGUCGACACAAGUACAGGCUUGGAUGAGAGAGCAGAGCUUAAGAUCCGCUCAUUCCCGCUCUCUUAUGCUACUCAUCAACUCCUUAAUUUCAACACUAUGAAACAACUUGUGUUGAACCAAUUCAAUGUUGAUGGGGCAGUUGAUGACACGAUUGCCGAUGAUGUCUUUUACGUUGGUAAUUCAAUUGGUGUACAAUUCCCUCAAAUUGGAAGAACUCGUCGGUCUCAGCUUUACACUCAUCUGGCCAGGAAGGAAUACAGGCCUUGUUAUGAGAAAGGCCGAAUUAUGCCUGGAAUGGAAACUCUUCCUUUUGGGCACAGGAGGAAUAAUUCGACAUCUCACGGGCAAAUACAUCAGCAACGACUAACUAGAUCACCAAUCCCACCACAACAAAAAAGACCUCGCUUAAAUAUGAAUGAAUUAAAUUUGCAAGAUUUACCUGGAUCUUCAUCGUGGACAGAAGCUGAUUAUAGAAAUAGAUACAAUUCUUAA